CUGGUCUCCUGCGUUUCCCCUGUAGAAUGGGGCAGGGGGGGCUCAAUGAGGACCCUUCCUCCUGAGCACCCAUGCCCUGCUGCACGGCCCCCAUUGCUCUGGCAGAAGAAGGUGCAGUAGGAGACCUGCUGAUUAAUUCCAUGGCUGCCCCGUUGCACUCCCAGCUGGGGUGUGAUGGUGCCAGGGCCACUGCAAAUGCUUUGUGCCAAGUCUCUUCUGGAACAGUUUCCAGGAUGUGCACAUGCUAGCUCCUCAAGUCCCAGCAUCCCGUCCCCUGAUCCAAACGAGAUGUGGGUUGGCCCGGGGUACUGUGGAGCCUGUGUAGGCAAGUCAGACCAGAGACCCAUCUCACUUAUGCUGCGACUAAAGGAUCUAGAGCGAGCUGAGCUAGGCCAUUCUGGGGUUCACGUGAAGAUGCUGGCAGCCCCUAUCAAUCCAGCAGACAUCAACAUGAUCCAAGGAACUUAUCCCCUCCUCCCCGACUUGCCUGCAGUAGGAGGGAAUGAAGGUGUUGGACAAGUGGUGGAAGUUGGCCGUCAUGUGACUUCUCUGAAGCCUGGGGAUUGGGUUAUCCCAGCACAUGCAGAACUUGGAACGUGGCGGACGGAUGCAGUGUUCAGCGAGGAAACCCUGGUGAAACUCCCACGCGACAUCCCUUUGCUGUGUGCUGCCACCUUGAGCGUCAACCCCUGCACAGCCUAUCGGAUGCUGGCUGAUUUUGAGACCUUGGGGCCAGGUGAUUCCAUCAUCCAGAAUGCAGCCAACAGUGGCGUGGGACAGGCUGUUAUUCAGAUUGCAGCAGCUUUAGGCAUCAAAACAAUCAAUGUGAUCCGAGACAGACCCAAUCUCCAAGAGGUGGUAGACAGACUGACAUCCCUUGGUGCAGACCAUGUCAUCACAGAAGAGAUGCUGAGAAAGCCAGAGAUGAAAGACUUAUUUAAGAAAGUCCCAAAGCCCCGGUUAGCUCUGAAUUGCGUUGGAGGGAAAAGUACUACUGAGAUGCUGCGCCACAUACAACAGAAAGGGACCAUGGUUACAUAUGGCGGGAUGGCAAAGCAGCCUUUGACUGUCCCUGUGAGUGCAUUCAUCUUUAAGGAUGUGAAGCUGCGUGGGUUUUGGAUGACCCAGUGGAAGAAAGACCAAACCCAGAACAAGGACAGAUUGACUGGGAUGAUUCUGACCCUGUGUGAUCUUAUUCAUAAGGGGCAGCUCACUGCUCCAGCCUGCACACAGGUCCCACUGAAGGACUACCAAAUUGCCCUGGAGGCCUCCAUGAAGCCGUUCAUCUCAUCUAAACAGGUACUCACCAUGUGAUCCUGCUCCCAGGGACAAUCAUACGCCCUUUGUUUCCAGAGGGAGCUGAAUCACAGCCGGUUCUGGCACCAUUGGAGACAAUACAACUGGUUUCAUGCACGUUUGCUUCAGUGUAUCCUGUCUUCAGGAGAGAGUUGUUGAAGAGGAAGAAUCCCUGAAAUUUGUCAACUUUGCCCACUUGAAACAAUAACAAUCACAUCUGAGGCUAAUGUGUGUAACGGACGUGACUCAGAAGCAUACAGUAGAUCUCUGCUUUUGGAGAUGGAGCCUAUUUUUUUCACGUUGGCUAAAAUUAAUUGCUUUGCAAUAGAAAGUUAAGGGUGGCUAAGGUGCAGUCCGUGGAAUCCUAAAAACUAGGGUAGAGGCAAAGCCGAUCGCCUUCCAGCUGAUUGCUGGUGAAAUCAGUCAGUCAAGGAGGACACAAAUAGAAAUACUCUGCUCUGGCUGUGUGUAGUCACCCAAAUCGGAGGGCACUGGGACUCCCAACAAGAUGCUAAUGCGACCCUUACUGUAAAGUUUGCCUGCCCCAGAGUGAGCUUUAAGUGAGGAAGCCUCUAUUUUUCUGUCUCUAUGGCUUCUUCCCACGAAGGACUCCUCUAGAGGUGAAAUAUUGUCCUAGAUUGUAUCCUAACCCCAAUAUUGUCAUGUACAAUCCUGAGGGAAACUUACAUCUGUAGUUUAAUAUCGAGGCAGUUGCGGCUGAAGUAAAGGCACUUCACAUUGUGUUGCAAACCUGUCGUCCAAGAGCAAGAAUUGUGAAAUGGGCCACUGAAAUGUCAAUGACUGUUCAGAAUAAAUGCUAGAAUUUUGAGA